AUGGAGCCCCCCAGCCCCGAGGUGCCCCCGGGGGGGCCGCGGGACGAGCAGAGGGUGCUGGUGUCGGCGCACAGCUGGCGGCCCUGCCCCAAAGCCCGCCGGAGGCUCCGAGCCCUGCCCGCACGCUGCCCUCUCGUCCCCAGGGCCAUCUGCGGUGCCAUCGCCUGCGCCUACCUCUUCUGCCAGCGCUGGCUGCUGGCGGCCGUCAGGGAGAACCGGCUCACGGGCAGGCUGCUGGCAACCGACAAGCCCCUGUACUCGGCGCUGGUGGUGCUGCUGCUGGCCUCCAUCACCUUCCCUCCGGGCCUGGGGCAGCUGAUGGCCUCCAGGCUGUCCAUGAAGGAGCACCUCGUCUCGCUCUUCGACAACCGCACCUGGGGGGUGCUGGCCCAAAACGCCUCGGUGCCCCCCGCGGUGCCCGGGGACGCGCAGCGCCUGUGGCAGGAGUGGUGCCACCCCUCCGCCACCAUCUUCGGCACCUUGGCCUUCUUCCUGCUGAUGAAGUUCUGGAUGCUGACCCUGGCCACCACCCUGCCCCUGCCCGCCGGGUACUUCAUGCCCAUCUUCAUCUACGGAGCCGCCAUCGGGCGCCUGAUGGGGGAGGUCGUGGCCUCGCUCUUCCCCCACGGCCUCCGCGUGGAGGCCACCACGCGCCCCAUCGUCCCUGGGGGCUACGCGCUGGCCGGAGCCGCCGCCUUUUCGGGGGCCGUCACCCACUCCAUCUCCACCGCCCUGCUGGUGUGCGAGGCCACCGGCCACCUGGCCCACGUCCUGCCCGUGGUCCUGGCCGUGCUGGUGGCCAACGCCAUCGCCCAGAAGUGCCAGCCCUCCUUCUACGACGGCACCAUCAUCGUCAAGAAGCUGCCCUACCUGCCCCGCAUCCGCAGCCGGCACAUGGCCUCCUACCGGGUGGUGGUGGAGGAGUUCAUGGACCGGCGGGUCGUGGCCGUGGCCAAGGGUGAUGGCUUUGAGGAGGUGCUGGCAGCCCUCAGCGCCACCAGCGAUGGGGAAUACCCCGUGGUGGACAGCGCAGGGUCCCCCACGCUGGUGGGCACCGUCAGCCGAGCCCAGCUGGUCGCCUUCCUGCAGAGCCGCGAGCACCCACGGGCGCCCCCAGGGCCGCUGCAGGAGAAGCCGGCCUCCACGGGGACAGUUGGGGACGACUGCGCCAUCGAGCCCGUCAUGCUGCAGCUCUCACCGUGGACCUCGCUGCACCAGGCACACCACCUCUUCGAGCUGCUGAAGCUGCAGCGCAUCUUUGUCACCCGCUACGGGCAGCUGGCGGGGGCCGUCACCCGCACGGAGCUGCGCAGAGCCAUCGAGGAGCUCGCCGACCCCAAGUGACCGCCGUUCCCGCUGCUCCGUUUUAGCCAU